UUUAGUACGUCGCUCACAUUUCAACUGUUCGGUGCUUUUUGACUGUUUGGAACAUUUUUUAAAAACUUACGUUAAAACGUUGUUGAUACUUAUUAAUAUUUGUUUUAUUUUAUUAAAAUAAUAAUAAUAACAAAAUAAAAAACCAAAAAAAAAAAAAAGAACAAAAACGUAAAAUUGUCACAACCAAACCAACACCUAACCGAAAUUCCCAGUCGAACCAAAAACAGGAAGAACUCUCCUUAAAAACAACAACUCCCCGUUAAUACAAAAACAAAAAUUCAAAAUCAAGAACUUUUUAGGAACAAAGUGCAAUUUUGUUUUAAGUUUCAAAUACAUAUGAUUUAAAAAAAAAAAAAAUAAAACCAACAACUUUCAGUUCCGAAAAAAAAGAAAAACGAAAUAAAAUAGCAACAACAAAAAUAGUAACUUUUCAUUUUCAGUUCAAAAACAAAAGCAAAAAAAAAAAACCACAAAAAGAAUAUUUUUAGUUUUAUUUCUCAAAAUUUAACAAACAAAAUUCAAAACAACAACAAAAAAAUUUGGAAACCAACAACAACAACAACAAAACUCAAAUCAACUACAGCAACAAACUACAACAAACAAAAGGAAAUAAGGAACCCCCAGCAGCAAUAAACAGAAAAACCAAAACAACAACAACAACAAUAACACAACAAUAAACCGUAACAAUAAAAUAAGCAAAUAAAACAAACAACAAAACAAGUAACACAAAAAAGUAACGAAAUAAAACAAAAACCAAAACCAAGCAACAACAACAACAACAACAACAAGAAAAACCAAUCCAAAUCCCUCUACUUCUCCUCAAUAACAAAGCAACAACAAAAACUAAUUAAAUAAAUAAUAAAGCAACAACAACAACAACCGAUCAAUCAAAUCCCCCUCCUCCACAACUCCAACUGAAGCAGCAACAACAACAAAAUAAUAAUAAAAAUAACAUUCACUACAACAACAACAACAACAAAAAUAGUAACGAAUCUUAAAAAAAAUUUCGGAACUUCAAACACAAAUUCAACAUUUUAUGCAGUAAAAUAGUUAACAACAACAAUAAUAAUAAAAAAAAACUAAUAGCCAAACAACAACAAAACGGAAACUCACCGCCAAAAAAUAAAAACAACUCCCAAACUCUGUCAAAAUCCAAAUCCAAAGAAAUAAACCGUCAAAAUUCAAAAAACAAAAAAAAAAUAGCCAAAAUUUGUUAAAUUUUACGAGAGAAAGCCAUAGUCGAAAUUUUUGAAUUUUUGUAAGACUAGCAGCCCCCAACCUCCCCCACCCCGGAACUCACAACGAAUUUCAAAUUCAAAAGUCCAGAAUUCCGAUUCAUGGUCAUGGUGAAAUAUUCGGUGAAACUGACUAACUAACUCAGAACUAAAUAUGAUUUGUCAAAUUCUAAGUUUGUGAUUUCGUUUCAACACAAAAACCAACCAAACAACAAAAACAAAAAAAAAUGUUUCUUUAAAAACACGUCAAAAUCAGCACAGCAGCACAGUGUUCUGAACUUGAAAACCAAAAAAAAAACAAACACUCGAAAGCGAUAAUAAUUUGCAAGCAAACCAAAAAAACGUUUCUGAAUAACGCCAGCGUGAGAAAUCUAGAAUCCAAAAAAAAAACAAGGAUCACAAAAACAAUUUUGAAAACAAGGAAAAAAAUUCCAAUACUCCUUUCAAGGGCAUCAAGCCGGAAAUUUCUUCAGAGAAAAUAGAAGGAAAAACCCCAAAAAUUCAUUCAAAAUAAUAAGAAAAAAAAUCAAAUCCAAAAUUACAAUUUUGGCCAAGGCAAGAAAUUCAAAAAAAAAAAAAAAAAACAACAAAUUUUUGUCAAAAAAAAAAAAAAUACAAAAAACCAAAAUCUUCCGCGAAAGGAAAAAGUUUUGAAAAAAAUCACCCUCUGAACAUUUUGUGUGCAAAGCAAAAAAAAAAAAAACAAAUUCAUAAAAUUAUUAUAAUUAUCAUCAGAAAAACAAAAAUAUAUUCUAAGAUAUUAAUUAUUAAAAAAACAAAAACACACACAAAUUAUGAUAUAAAUGAAUGUCUCAUAAAAUAAAAAAAAAACCAAAAACAAAAACAAAACAUUUUACUGCAUUAAAAUUAAAAAAAAAAGCAAAAUAAAAAUAAAAAUUAAAUAAAAACAAAAAAAAGGAGAACUCAACACUUCGAAAAAAAAAAAUAUUCAAAAUUUUCGUUUUUGGCCCAUUAUCUAAACCCCCAAAAAACAAACAAAACAAUCGUCCAUUGCUGUUAACUACAUCCGAGGGCAUAAGUAAUAUCAGCUCUGAAAAUUCGGAAAAAAUACAAUACUGCAAUUUUUGGCUCUAAAACCAAAUUUUCAACAACGCCAAGGACAACUUCAAACAAAAGCGAAAUUAAACAAGAACAACUGUGGAAAUUAUCAUUCUUGGCCUGAAAUUUCGAAAACAAAAAUAAAAGGAAGAGAAAUCGUAUUUUUUUUCUGAUCAAUGGCAAAAGGAUACAUUUUGGAAAGAGUUGAUAUCUGAAAUACCCUCUCAGGAGUACCAAAAAAAAAUUAACAGCAAUUGAACGAUUAGCUGAGAGAGAGAGAAAACCAGAGAACACAAUUUUUGUCUGAAACCCCAAAAAAAUUUCAACAAAAUCCCAUUUUGGUAAAAAAAAAAAUAAAUUUUAAAUAAAUAAUAAUUUAAACAAAGAAAGAGAAGGAGUAAUAAUAAUACAAACAACCCAAGAAGAAAGGAAUAAUACUAAAACAAAGAGAAAACCAAUACAAAAAGAAUCCCAAAACAGAAAACGGCAAACAAGAGAACAAGUUUUUUUAUUAAAAGAGUAAAACCAAGCAUAAACCCCUACGAGAAAACAAAAACAACAACUGUAACAAGAGAAGUAGUUCGAAAAGAGAUAGAAAGAGUAAAGAACAAAAUAACAACACCACAAAAGUGAUAGAAAUCAAAAGCCUAAUUCCACAUUGAGUUCAAGCAGCGAAAUUCAACGAACAUCAUCAUGAAUUUAAGUGGUUAUCACAGAAACUCUCUCUAAAGAGAGAGAGCGAAAGAAAAAAGAGAGAGUUGCAAUAAUUUAAAAAAAAGACACAAAGAGUCAUAGCGAAAAAAAACAUCAUAUCUCAUUACAUUAUUUAGCUAAGACUUAAACCAAAAACACCAAACACCCAGAAAUCAAACACCCACCCACCCACAAGAAUAGCAACAACAACAACAGCAGCAGCAACAAAAUGGCAAUAAAUUUCUCCGCCUCAUUUGCCGCCUGCAUAGCUGCCGGCCUCAAAGUGCCACGCCAGAUUAUGUACUGCAUCACCCAGGACACGGGCCAGCCGUAUGUCCUCUACAAAGAUUCACAGGAAGCCGAACGAAAUGCCGCCGCCAUUGGCGGCACCCCAACCCAAUGGGGCACAGAAAUGUAUCCCGGCAUCCAGCAACAACAUUUAAGUGCACAACAACAAAAUGCCAUAACGGCAAAUGGUCAAGCGGCCGCCUCAAAUGGUCCAACGUCACAUUCGCCCAACGGCGAUCCACAUGGCCGUGAAAAUGGUGGCGAUGGUGCGGGUGGAGCUGGUGGUGGAGUGCGGCAACAGGGCUCACCGUCGACCAGUCCGUACCCGCCUCAACAGCAGCAGCAACAACAACAGCAGCAGCGGACAAAUGGAACCAAUGAUGAUGAUGUGAACAUGAAUCAGGUCAAUGGUUUACAAAAUCAACAGCCAAAUUCCAAUCCACAAUCAAAUCCAAACCAAAGCUCAAACGAUCCCCAACAGCAACAGCAGCAGCAUCAACAGCAACAAAAUGCCAAUGCAGCCUCUGCGACAGACAAUAAUCCGGCGGGGAAUAAUCCACAGCACGUCCAACAGAAUGGUCAGCCCAAUGAUCAUGCCAACAAUGGCUUUCCGGGCUCACAAAACGGCGAAUUGUCCAGCUAUUAUGCGCCACGACAUCCUGGCGCCCAAGGUGGUCUGAUGGCACCACCCGGUUUCCCACCUCUGCAUUAUCUAAAUAAACCUGUUCUGCCGGGUUUGAAUGGAGCCAUGGAUCAGGGUGCCGCUAACGGUCCCACAAAUGGCCUGGAAGCCUAUGCCCUGCCCGAACUGUUGCCAGGGCAAAAUGGCACUGCCAAUGGCAAUAACCAGCAAAACGGCAGCGGGCACAGUGGCAAUGCCACGUCAAAUGGCACUGGGGGUAGUGGACGACAGAAUUCCUCGGUCAGCCAUAAACCGCCCAAACCACACAGUGAUCUGCGGCUUUUCAAAUGUCUUACCUGCGGAAAAGAUUUCAAACAGAAAAGUACACUGCUGCAGCACGAUCGCAUACACACCGACGCCCGGCCGUAUCCCUGUUCGGAGUGUGGCAAACGCUUCCGCCAGCAGUCGCAUCUGACCCAGCAUCUGCGCAUCCAUGCCAACGAGAAGCCCUUCACCUGCGGCUACUGCAAUCGAGGCUUUCGCCAGCGGGCAAUACUCAAUCAGCAUGUUCGCAUCCAUUCGGGUGAGAAGCCCUUUGCGUGUCCCGAGUGCGGCAAGCACUUUCGCCAGAAGGCCAUCCUUAAUCAACAUGUGCGAACCCACCAAGAUGUUUCACCACAUCUCAUAUUCAAAAAUGGACCACAUCCGACCCUGUGGCCCCAGGAUGUACCCUAUCCGGGCGAUGAGACUGAUACCAAGAAUGGCAUUGCCAAUGAUGGUUACAAUGACGAUGAUUCACAGAAUGGUCAAGAUGGAGGUAUACAUUAUCCCGCCUACUUUAAGGAUGGUAAAGGACAAAAAAUCUUACCCGAUGUCCUGUCACACAUUGGUAUCCGUCCGGCAAAUAUGCCGUUGUAUGUUCGCUGUCCGAUCUGCGACAAGGAGUUCAAACAGAAAACAACUCUCUUGCAGCAUGGUUGCAUACAUAUCGAAUCACGUCCCUAUCCAUGUCCCGAAUGUGGUAAACGUUUCCGCCAACAGUCACAUUUGACCCAGCAUUUGCGCAUACACACGAAUGAGAAGCCAUUUGGCUGUUUGUACUGUCCGCGUUUCUUCCGUCAGAGAACUAUUUUGAAUCAGCACGUCCGCAUCCAUACCGGCGAGAAGCCCUACAAAUGUGGCCAAUGUGGCAAAGAUUUCCGCCAGAAGGCGAUACUGGAUCAGCACACAAGAACGCACCAGGUAGGUGACCGUCCCUUCUGCUGUCCCAUGCCCAAUUGUCGAAGACGUUUCGCCACCGAAAACGAGGUUACCAAACACAUUGACAACCACAUGAAUCCGACAACCAAACGCAGCCGCCAGGCCAAUAAUACCGCCAACAGCAAUAACAACAAUAAUAACAACAACAACAAUUCACAUGCAGCAGCUGCCGUGGCAUCGGCGGCCGCUGCAGCGGCAGCAAAUCAUUUAAUCAAUGAAACCAAAAAUGCAGCUGCUCAACAGUUUCUGAACAACAACAAUCCAGCGGGUGACAAUAAGAAUAACAUACUGCCGCGUGGUAUGGGUGGCGGCGGCGGUGGGGGUGGUGGUCCAAAUCCCGGAUCACAGGUGAAAAAUGAGCUGUAUUUCCCCCAGUGUUAUGGACCACCAUUCCAGCAUCCAUUUCAAACGCAACAACCAACGGCGGCCCACAACAAUGGACAACCGGCUGUAUCGGUAAGUGUGGCCAAUUCGGUGGCACCCGGAGUGGUUGGGCAACAGAAUGCCCCAACAUCGGUGGUUGUGGCCCAGUGACAUCCCACCACAACAACGGCAGCAGCGGCGGCGGCGGCGGCGGCGAGCCAACAAUCCACAGCUGUAACGGGGGCAAGUGGCACGGCACCGCCAAGUAAUUCACAUGGCCCUCACCAACAGCAACAGAUAUCGCAACAUGCCAAUACGGCAGCGGCAGCUGCAGCUGCAGCGGCCCACAGUCAAACUCCGCAGACGGUGACACUGUCCAUAACCCUGCCGCCUGUGGGGGCAUUACCACCCUCGGCUGCGGCAGCCGCAGCAGCAGCGGCGGCCCAUCAUCACCAGCAACAGGGUGGGCAUGUGGUCAACACCUCGCAUGCCCAUAGUCAGCCACCGGCAGCGCCACCGCCACCAACUUCGGGUCCACCGCCAACCCUGUCACAUGCAAUACCCAUACAUCCUCAUAUACACUCAAUAUUCGGAUCUCUAUGAUAAUAUCAGCAAUAACAGCCAACACAAUAACAGCAACAACUAUCAGAACCACAAUCACAGCAUUAUCAGCAACAAACACAAUAACAAGAACUGCAACUACCACCCACACAAACUUAUGUAUACAAAUAACAAUAACAACAACAACAACAAAAACAAUUAUGAAAUCUAUAAGAAUUUUUUGUAAUGGAAACUCUUUUUCACAGCAAAAGGAUAAGAGUCCUUUGGCUAAGAGAAUGUACACUAACGGAAGAGAAUAGAGCAGUAUAUAUAUAUGACCAAGAAGAAUAGUGUAUGUUAAGCCGAUCUUAGAUUUAGUUUCAUACUCUCAUGCAAAUCAAAUCACUGAACUCACUCAUUUUUAUAAACACCCUCACCCGGACUCACACAUAAAAGCCUAAUUACAUAUAUGAAUUACACAAGGGCUUAGGUUUAUUAAAAAAAAACCAAGCUAAACUUUUAAAAUUUUUACUAAGUUUUUUUUUUUUUUUAAAUCACAUAUUAAUUAUUAACGACACACACACACACAUACACUCAAAGAUUGAAAUACCUUGAUUUUUUGGUGUAUCGGAAAAAAGUGUUUCAACAAAAGAGCAACUAGUCUUUUAGAAAAGGACUCUAAACUUGGUAAUUACCUUUUUUUUUUUUCUUUCUUUGUUUGAUUUCGAACGGAAGACAAAAGAACAAUGAGUGAAGGACUCACAAAAAAAAAAAACGCAAUUUUUUCA